AUGAGAACGUACAGUAGGCAUGGCCAGCGCCCACCAGUGUUGUGUUGUGAGGGUACCAUGGCAAGCGCCCAUGCUUGGAUACAACCCUACGCAACCCCUUCCCGCCGACGCCUCUCCUCCUCCCCGCCGUCGCCUCUCCUCCUUCCCGCCGUCGUCGCCUCCCCUCCUCCCCGCCAUCGCCUCCCCUCCUUCCCGCCGUCGCCUCUCCUCCCCCCGUCGUCGCCUCCCCCUCCUCCCUGCCGUCGCCUCCCCCUCCUCCCCGCCGUCGCCUCACCCUCCUCCACGCCGUCGCCUCCCCCUCCUCCCCGCCGUCACCUCACCCUCCUCCCCGCCGUCGCCUCCCCCUCCUCCCCGCCGUCGCCUCCCCCUCCUCCCCGCCGUCGCCUCCCCCUCCUCCCCGCCGUCGCCUCCUCCUCCUCCCCGCCGUCGCCUCCCCCUCCUCCCCGCCGUCGCCUCACCCUCCUCCUUGCCGUCGCGUCACCCUCCUCCCCGCCGUCGCGUCACCCUCCUCCCCGCCGUCGCCUCACCCUCCUCCCCACCGUCGCCUCCUCCUCCUCCCCGCCGUCGCCUCCCCCUCCUCCCCGCCGUCGCCUCACCCUCCUCCCCGCCGUCGCGCCACCCUCCUCCCCGCCGUCGCCUCCGGCGACAGGUGCACGAGCGCCAGCGCGAGUUGGUGCGCGAGCGCAUUGGUGCGCGAGCGCGUUGGUGUGCGAGCGCGGAUUGUUUCAUGAGUUACCGUGGUUUUCAGAGAGUGAGUUGCAUUCGCUGUUUCUUCUUUCCUGUGCAGGGAGUUCAAGCUCCAUUCCGCUGCCGAUGACGUGGCAGUGCCACGUGUGCGCGUCGCCGUGCGACGGCCGUAUUCGUUGCGGCGAGUGCGGCGUCGUCAUUUACUGUAGCAGGCGACACCAGGCUAACCAUUGGCGGCAGCACGAGCAAGGGGGGGAGUGCGCUCGCCUGGCGCUGCAGCUGCAGGGAGCACCGGAUGUGCUGAACCUGCCCUUCCCCUUCCUGCACCAGUCUGUUAUCCAGGUGCAGAGCGGUGCAGUGCUGUGA